GCAUUUAUGGACAUUGCAGGAUUCCCUGGGGUUGUGGGUGUAAUUGAUGGAACACAUGUGAGAAUAAUUGCGCCAUCAGAGGACGAGGCUGUCUUUGUUAACAGGAGGAAUUUCCACAGCAUCAAUGUGCAAAUAGUGUUCAGUGCGGCCUGUAAGAUUUUGGACAUUGUGGCGAAAUGGCCAGGCUCCACACAUGAUGCGAGAAUGCUCCCCGAGAGUGGCAUCAGACAGCUUUUUGAGAGACGCUAUGUGCCAGCUAAUUGCCACUUGUUAGGGGACAGUGGCUACCCAUGCAAACCAUGGCUCCUUACACCUUACCUCCAGCCACGCCAAGGGCCCCAACUAAACUAUAACAGGGCCCACAAGACAACAAGAGCGGUGGUGGAGCGUGGCAUAGGCCUGAAAAAGUCAGCAAAGUCAUCAUGGCCUGUGCAAUAUUACACAAUAUUUGCAAGCUUCCAGAUCUUUGUCUCACUGUGCAUUGAAUACAAAGCUGUAGAGGAGUCACAACUUAUGUUCAACAAUCAAACGUUAUAA